AUGAAGAACGUGACAUUUAUUAUUCUGCUUAGCAUUGUCUCUUAUCAUCUGGCCAGUGGUCAUGCUAUCCAUGGUGCAGCAAAUCCUACAGAUUGGUGCAGAAAAUAUCGUCAAACAUCACAUCAGUCGCUGAGUAGAGCAUUCGAUGUACCUCAUUUAAUUAUACACUUGAAUGAAUAUUUGAAUACAACAUUUUCUACAUUACCACCAUCAGAUGUUUAUGAUAACAUUAAAGGAUAUCUUGAUAACAAAACUGAAGCGAAUUUUCAAUUGAUGUGUCUGGAACUUUAUAGGGUAGUAGCUGAGUCAAAGAAUCAUUCAAUGGGACAUGGACAUGAAGUACUGAGCUUAUAUGGUCUCUGGAAUAUACGACCAAAAGUAUGGAUCGCUUCACUUAUAUCUAUUCUUGUGAUCAGUGCAGUUGGACUAUUAGGCGUUGGCGUUGUACCAUUAGUACAAAAGGUAUUUUACAAUCAGGUUAUUCAAUAUCUAGUGGCACUGGCUGUUGGCACAUUAACUGGUGAUGCUAUGCUACAUUUAUUACCACAUGCUAUUAGUGGUGGACAGGGACAUAGUCAUGGCGAGGAAGCAACUGGUGAAGGCGACGGUGAACGUACAGCUAUCAUGAAAGGUUUAGUAGCAUUGGGUGGUGUUUACUUCUUUUUCAUGGCGGAGAAAAUUUUAAGUUUAACUUCUGAAUAUCGAGCUGAGAAAAAGCUUGAAAAAGAAGAUCGUGAAAGAGCUUUACAGAAUCUACCUGUAGCGCCUGGAGGUCGUCGUCUAAGUUCCGUAAGAACAUCAUUAGUGCCAGGUGGACACCUACCCGUCCCAGGACAAGGACAAGGAAGACGUCUGUCUCAAUUUGAUCCAAAUAUGUGUAGAAGAGCAUCGAGAGCUAUGUCUAUGGCUAAUGAAGAUAUACUUGUCACAGGAUUAAGCAGUAAAGCUAUGAAAUCAAUCGACAUACUUUAUAGUUAUGCCGAGGAAUAUGAUGAAAUGACAAGAAGAUGUUCAGAGGAUUCUACCGCGGAUCAUCCAUUAGUUAAAAGUGAAUUACAACUGGGCAAUCGUGGAAUAAAGCCUAAACAAGCCAGUGAAACAACUUUAUCAACUAAAGAUGAUAGUCAACACGAUAGUCAACAAUCUCAACAAGUCAAUACAUUAACAGUUAAUGUUCCAAAGAUUACAAUCGAUGUAGAACAAGACGAUGAGAAACGAGUGGAAUCAAAAUUGAAGGUAACUGAAAAACAAAAGGGAGGUGCUGAGAAUAGGAUGUUCUUUCUGUCCCUUUCUGCAGAAUCUUUAUCACAGUGA